AUGGCUGAAAUAAGUGAGGCUGAGAAAAGACAAAGACUUAGAGAAAGAAGAGCUGCAAAGAUCAAGAAUGGUGCUUCAAGAUUAGGUAAAAUCACAGGUGAUUAUUCAGAAGUUCCAAAACAAACACCAGCACCACAAGCACCACCUGCUGCCACAACAACUUCAUCAUCAUCUUCAAAUAGAAUAUCACAAUCUUUUGAUGAUAAAGAUCCAGAAAUUGAAGAUAUUUCAAAAUUCGAACCUAUUGACGAAGUGAAAGAUCUUGAUCCAAGUUCAGAUGCUAAACAAUUUGAACAAAUGUUGGAAAAAAUGUUAUCAUCUCCAAAGCAUCAACAUGAUGGUCCAACAACCGCAGGGAUUGGCGAGGGUUCUGAAUUUGAUAUCUUUGCGAAACUAUUAGGAACACAAGGUGCUGAUUCUGGUAUUUUCCCACCUUCUGGCCAGAAUAAUAAUAAUGAAGAUUAUGAAUAUGAAACUAAAUUGAGUGAAUAUAAUAAAAUCUUGAAUGAUCAAUUCAAGGCAAAGUUUAUGAUGUUGAGACUUGUUAUCAUGAUGGGGUUAAGUAUCUGGUUUUAUCAAUUUAAAGGGUUUCAUAGUUCUAGCUCUGAAAUUCUAAGAAUUAAAGCUAUUGAUUCAGGAUUUAUUGAAAUUUGGUCAAGUUUUGAAAUUUUAUUCACAGGGAUAUAUGCAAUGAAUUUGAACAAGAUUAAAGAUUCACAUUAUAAUUACAAUUCAAAGAUUUUGAACAUAAUGGGGAUGGUUCCUGAUAUGAUUUUACCUUCUUAUUGGAAGGAUAAAAUUAGAUGGGUUGUUAAAUAUCAAGAGUUGAUUAAUUUGAUUAUAUUUGAUUUAAGUUGUGUUAUCUUUAUUUUAGGAGUGUUAUCCGGGUUGCAUAGUAUACAAGUUUAA